UGCUUGAAAGGAGAGAAAUAUACUGUAACCUAGAUUUCAAAGGUCACAGUAAUACUGCCCCAAGCAUUUUCAAAGCCAUGAUUUAUGUGCCAGUAUAUUAGCAAUAUGGAUGGUUUCAAGGUUUGGUCUGUUCUGCUGAUUAUAGUUUACAGCCUGUCCCAAAGAUGUAUGCCGUCUGGUAUUUCAACACAUAUUGAAAUAGCACACCGAGCUCUGGAAUUUUUCAGUAAACAUGAAGGGAAUGUUAACUAUAGAAAGUUGUUACUAAACCACCAGGAUGCAUUUCAGGCUGGGAGCCUUUAUCCUGAUGCUUUUUAUCCUGUUAUCUGCAAGAAUGGAAUAUUUCAUUAUGUUUCUGAAGACACUCACUGGGCACCAUUUCUCAACACUAGUAUCCAUUACAUCAGGAAGAAGUAUCCUCAGCCUUGGGAGGAGGCUACAGAGAAACUGGUGGCUUUCCUGUUUGGAAUUGCCUCACAUAUGGUGGCAGAUGUGAGCUGGCAUAGCUUGGGCAUUGAUCAAGGAUUUCUAAGGACCAUGGGAGAAAUUGAUUUUCAUGGCUCAUACUCAGAUGCUCAUCAUACUGGUGAUUUUGGAGGUGACGUAUUGAGCCAGUUUGAGCUUGAUUUUAGUUACCUGAAAGCAGACUGGUAUGUACCAGUCAAAGACCUGCUAGCUAUCUAUAAGGAAUAUUAUGGCCAAGAAGUAAUAACCGAAGGCACAAUUAUUGACUGCACUUACCUGCUGUUUCUCGAAUUGCAUGGAGAAAUGCUUGCUGUUGCCAAGCUUUUCCCAUCAUAUGCUAGCAAAUCUCCAUUUUUGGUGGAGAGGUUCCAGGAGUAUUUCCUUGGAGGACUGGAUGACAUGGCAUUUUGGUCAAAUAAUAUUUUUCAGCUAGCAAGCCACAUGUUAGAAAAUGGGACUAGUGGCUGCUUCAUACCUGAGAACCCUCUGUUUAUAGAUUGCAAUGGGGAGCACAAGAACAGCGACAUAAUUAGAGAGUCCAAAAAGGAACAGCACAAGAGCAUGACUUCUUCACUCACAAAAACAAUUGAAAAGAAUAUAAAUUAUACGGAGAAAGGAGUUUAUUUCAAUAUGCAGUCCUGGGCAACCGAAUCUCUCCACUUUAUUAAUAGUGCUUUUGGAAAGACUGUCAGGAGAGCGUUUGCAGUCACGCAUCAGCAAUCCUCUAACCACGUCUUCAAGCCCACAGCCUCAUACUUUCUGAAAUCACCCUAUGCCAGGCUUGGAUGGGCAAUGGCCACAGGUGACUUAAACCAAGAUGGUUAUGAGGAUCUAGUGGUUGGAGCACCAGGAUACAGCAGAUUGGGCCAUGUUCAGAUAGGACAGGUGUACAUAAUCUACAGUAAUCGGUCAGGUUUGCCUCCAGUAAACAUGGAUCUAGACAAGGAAGCAGAUCAAGUGCUGGAGGGUUGUCAGCCUUCAGGCAGGUUCGGUUCUGCCAUAGCAGUACUGGACUUCAAUGAGGAUGGAGUACCAGACUUAGCAGUGGGAGCACCUUCUGUAGGAUCACAGAAUCUCACUUAUACAGGUGCUGUGUAUGUAUAUCUGGGCACUACAGGAAGAGGCUUGUCUCCUUGGCCAAACAUUACCAUAAUUUGCCAGCACACAUUCUGUAACCUUGGCUGGUCACUGCUGGCUGCUGAUAUUGAUGGGGAUGGAAAGUCUGAUCUGGUUGCCGGUUCUCCUUAUGCACCUGGCGGUGGGAAGCAGAGAGGAUUUGUAGUUGCAUUUUAUUCUCACUUCAACAGGAGUGACAAAGAGCUGCUGUCAGUAGAGGAUGCCAACUGGAUGGUGAAGGGGGAAAAGAACUAUGCCUGGUUUGGAUAUUCACUUGUUAGUCACCAGUUGAAGAACAAAACCUUACUGCUGAUUGGAAGCCCUACCUGGAAGAGCUGUAUUGGUCUAGGUUGCUACAGCUCAUUGGAUACCAAACAGAGUGUUGGAAAGGUGUAUGGAUAUAACCCACCAAGCACACUAAGCUGGUUUUCCGUAACUGGAGACAUGGACAGGGGCAAACUGGGUUCGUCAUUGGCCAGUGGCUUCAUGUCUGUGGCUGGAAUUCCAAGAGAAGUGUUGGUGGUGGGUGCACCUACCUCUGACAGCACGUCUAGGAUUGCAUUUAUAUCCUCAGUACUGCACCAAGCUGGAACUGUUCUGAUGUAUGACUUGACAGAUGGUGCCAAACCGUCUUUGCUCAGCACUUUCAGUGGGGACAGGAGGUUCUCUCGCUUUGGAGGAGAUGUACACUUAAAUGACCUGGACAAUGACGGACUAGAUGAAAUUAUUGUGACAUCUCCUCUGAGAACUGACGACAUCACAUCUGUACUGUUUGGAGAGGAGGCUGGACGUGUGUACAUCUACAAUGGAAACCAGACCACCUCCGGUCAUGUGACAGACAACUGCAAAUCAUGGACUUCUCCUUGUCCUGAGGACUGGGCACAAUAUGUACUAAUUUCUCCUGAAGAAAGAUCAAGGUUUGGAAGCUCCAUCAUCACUGUGAAAUCUCAAGGAAAGAGAGAAGUUGUAGUAGCUGCUGAGAGAAGUUCGGUGAAAGCUAGACUUAGUGGAAGGCUUUUUAUGUAUACCCUUUAAAUGUUUAAAUGUUCUUUUGUUGAGUUUGGGUACAUGCCUGUUUUCAGUGGUGGAUCCCCCAGGAUCUAUGGUGUUCUCCUUCACGCCUCCCCAUGCCAUGCUAACAAACUAGAUGCUCAAACAGGAUGUUGCUAAAAAGAGGAUGGAAGCAGCAGAGAGGGAAUUGGGGUUGAUUGGAAAAAUAAAUAGACGAGGAAUACUAACUGUCAUGGUCCAUCCAUACAGCUUUAGAGUUGAAAACCAAUUAAAAACCUCUAUCCAUGUAAGUCAGAAGACUAGAUAACCCAGCCACAGACAAAGUAGCAUGAAGGGAGCCAAAACAACAUUAACCUAGCAUCAAUUCAACUUAUGAGGGAGGCUGGUUCCAGCAGACAUAUUUGGCUGUGUAAGGAAAAGUGCAGCACUCCUAGUUGAUACAAUCACUUAAAUAUGUGCAAUACGAUGGGGCCUAAUUUAGUUAAAACUAAUCAGGAAAGAGAUCUUGGAGUCAUCGUGGAUAGUUCUCUGAAGACGUCCACGCAGUAUGCAGCGGCAGUCAAAAAAGCAAACAGGAUGUUAGGAAUCAUUAAAAAAGGGAUAGAGAAUAAGAUGGAAAAUAUCUUAUUGCCCUUAUAUAAAUCCAUUGUAUGCCCACAUCUUGAAUACUGCGUACAGGUGUGGUCUCCUCAUCUCAAAAAAGAUAUACUGGCAUUAGAAAAGGUUCAGAGAAGGGCAACUAAAAUGAUUAAGGGUUUGGAACAGGUCCCAUAUGAGGAGAGAUUAAAGAGAGUAGGACUUUUCAGCUUGGAAGAGGAGACUAAAGGGGGAUAUGAUAGAGGUAUAUAAAAUCAUGUGUGGUUUGGAGAAAGUGAAUAAGGAAAAGUUAUUUACUUGUUCCCAUAAUAUAAGAACCAGGGGCCACUAAAUGAAAUUAAUAGGCAGCAGUUUUAAAACAAAUAAAAGGACGUUCUUCUUCACAGAGCGCACAGUCAACCUGUGGAACUCCUUGCCUGAGGAGGUUGUGAAGGCUAGGACUAUAACAGGGUUUAAAAGACAACUAGAUACAUUAAUGGAGGUUAAGUCCAUUAAUGGCUAUUAGCCAGGAUGGGUAAGGAAUGGUAUCUCUAGCCUCUGUUUGUCAGAGGGUGGAGAUGGAUUUCAGGAGAGAGAUCACUUGAUCAUUACCUGUUAUGUUCACGCCCUCUGGGGCACCUGGCAUUGGUCAUUGUCGGCAGACAGGAUACUGGGCUGGAUGGACCUUUGGUCUGACCCAGUAUGGCCAUUCUUACGUUCUUAUGUGUACAAACACCUUCAACUCUGCCGUUGUAUGCCUGCCCAAACUCCUGUACACCAGCACUCCCCGUAUACCCUCUACCUUACAUUAUGGACAUUUCUAAUACAGCCAACAAGCUCUCCAAUCAGCACCCACUGCUCUCCAGCUCACCCACUUAUCAUCCAGACACCCUAGAAGCUUGGGUCAGAUGUGGUGGUCCAGGCACGCUGCAGACAGAGCAGGUACAAAGGGGGUGCAUAGGUAACUAAGCUCAUCUUUGCACCACAUUUUGCUCCUUGCCUUCCAGCAGCCUUAUACUGGCUGCUUAAUGCCCCAAAGGACUAAACCACAUCCAAGGACCAACAUAGCAGCACCCUGGCUACAAGCUCUGUGCCAGCAGCAGGGAUAAGGACUUGGCAUAGGACUCUGAACAUCACAUGUGCAACCCUCUUGUGUUAGGGUAAUGCUCUCUGGUCUGGAUAGAUUGGCACUGCAGUGAUUGUCUGCCAACAGCAUUGCACUAAGUGGCUCUGCUGGACCAGAUCAUCUGCUGUCUUGCUGCUUUAUCCUCCAUGGAAAGACAGUUCCUCAGCUUUGCUCCUUAUCCCACAACCUUGCAUUUUAUUUUCCAACUGCAGUCCAGAAACCACCAAUCCUGAAGCCAAAAUAUAAUCUACUCCAUCCACCCUCCCCUUCUGCUAGGAACCAGAAAUCCCAUUGUACUUCCUGUAUUCAACUGCCUGAGACACGCGGAAGACUCCAACUUUGGGCAACAAUCCACACAUCCAUUUUUGUCCCAUCCACUCUACACAGCUCAGAUAGGAGUACCCCAUUCACAAAGCCAGGACAGUAUGUUUAUCUGAAAGAAAGUAUGCUACCUGCCUAGAAUGUUACAUUGAUACUUGGUGCUGACUUCACUACAGCUGAAGUUGUGCUAGAAAGGUAUGCCUGAUAGAUGGUGGGCAGUUGCAAAGGGUUAGCAGCACCUGGGUGGUAAAACACAGGCCUAGGCCAUCCUUAAGGAUAGCACUUGCCUGUUGAGAGUCUCAGGGGAGGUGUGUGUUAAGGAAGCAGGAUGUCUGCUUCAAGGGGAAGAGAAGGGCAAGGAGCUCAAGGUUGGACUCCACUGGUGACUGUUCCUUAUGUUUUUAUGUAGAACUCAAUGACUCUGGUAAGUUAAAAUCCUGCU